AUGGAGCACCAAAGUCCUGCGAAAAAGCAGGGAUUCAUUAUACAUAGUACGACAGAUGAUGAAGUAUGGUGGAACUUGGUGUAUUGCGUUGGUGGAGCAUUAUUUUUCGCGGCAAUAUAUCUGUACUAUGGGCUCAGGCUCUUUACUUGGUUCUCUGGAGAAGGAGAGGAGAUCAUAAAGUACGCGGUUGACGUGCCCAAUCCUCCGGGUAAUGGCACGGCUCAUGGCUCAACUGCUAUCCAAUGCUAUGCACCGGCUACUGGCGAGUUCUUGGGCCUCGUAAAUCCUGCCACACCCGAGGGAAUCGACCGCGCAAUCGAGAAGGCUCAGUCGGCGCAAGAGAAAUGGAAGAAUACAACAUUCCCACAAAGAAGACAGGUCCUACGGUGCUUACUCAGAUUCAUACUGGAUAACCAGGAGGAUAUCUGCCGGGUUGCUUGUCUGGACUCGGGCAAGACUAUGAUCGAUGCUACACUGGGAGAGAUUCUUGUUACGGUUGAGAAGCUCCGCUGGACUCUGAGACAUGGGGAGAAGGCUUUGAAGCCCUCACGCAGACCGACAAAUCUCCUCAUGAUGUACAAGAAGAACACGGUUGUGUACGAGCCUCUCGGCGUGGUAUCUGCACUUGUUUCUUGGAACUACCCUUUCCACAACUUGAUUGGACCCAUGAUCUCUGCUAUUUUUUCUGGAAACGGAAUUAUUGUUAAGGCAUCAGAAAAUACGGCGUGGAGUAGCGCCUACUUUUCGCUCAUUGUGAAAGGUGCUCUUCAUGCGUGCGGUCACAAUUCUAAUCUGGUCCAGGUUGUUACCACUUGGCCUCAGACUGCGAACUACUUGACAUCUCACCCAUCCAUAUCUCAUGUUACAUUCAUCGGCAGCCGACCUGUUGCAAAGUUGGUUGCAGCCUCUGCUGCCAAGUCUCUUACCCCUGUGGUUGCGGAGCUGGGUGGAAAGGAUGCCGCUAUCAUUUUGGACUCAGCCGAGAAAGACGUUCCUCGCAUUGUUGAGAUUCUUCUACGGGGCACUUUCCAGGCCGCUGGCCAAAACUGCAUUGGUAUCGAACGCAUCAUCGCUUGUCCCCUGGUCUACGAUCAACUCGUGACGAAGCUUGAACCAAGAAUAAGAGCUCUUCGAGUAGGGUCAGCUCUAGAUGCACCAAAAGACUCUCAAGUAGACGUCGGAGCCAUGAUCUCAGACGCCUCUUUCGACAGACUUGAAAAUCUGAUUGCAGCCGCCGUUAAGGAUGGCGCUCGCUUACUCGCAGGCGGCCACAGAUUCAACCACCCAGUGCACCAUUCAGGCCACUACUUCCAGCCUACUCUCCUCGUGGACGUUACCGCUGAAAUGGCCAUCGCGAAGGAGGAAUGCUUCGGACCUAUUUGCGUGUUGAUGAAGGCCAAAAAUGCCGAAGAAGCUUGCCGUAUUGCUAACACUCCUGACUUUGGUCUUGGAGCCUCUGUUUUCGGUCAGCCAGGCUCCACCAUUGACGCCUGUAUCAAGAGCCUUAAGACGGGUAUGGUAGCAGUCAAUGAUUUUGCAGUCUUCUACGCUGUGCAGCUUCCUUUCGGAGGCCAACGCGGUAGCGGAUACGGCCGAUUUGCAGGCGAGGAAGGCUUAAGAGGAUUGUGCAAUAUUAAAUCCAUCUGCGAAGAUCGGUUCUUCUGGGCCGGUAUCAAGACGGCUAUUCCAAGCCAGAUUCAUUACCCGAUUCCAGACACGAAGAAGGGGUACGAAUUCACGAGGGCAGUGGUGGAGAUUGGGUAUGGGGUCGGCUUGUGGGAGAAGAUUCAAGGGCUGAGGAGGAUGAUGAAGAACUCGUAG